AUUCGAUCGCCCGCAGUUUCAGUCGAUCUUGAAUUUAUCCAUUCUUCUUUUCUCCUUCCACCAUAACCCACCAUCUACACCUCAAGCACCCUUCACAAUGAGUGCGCCCGCAUCCAAUCCCUCUCGCGACGAUCGCGUCGCACUUUCCUCCCCCUCUGCCCCUCCACACAGCCAAACAACCACCGCUCCUCCCCACCACCGCCCCGGCCCCAAUGAAGACGACAGCGACGAUUACACCUCCUCCUCCGGCCCAAGCGACAGCGAAGACAGCGACGACGACGAAGGCGAAGACAACAACGCAGCCUCUCAUCCCCCCAGCACAACAAACCUCCCCACGCGCAACCCCACCACCACCACCAGCACCUCCUCCUCGAAACCCUCCGACACCAUCCCCCGCAUUCCCGCCCUUCCGAAACCCAACAUCCACCGCAUCCAGCAAACCCCCGACCUUCUCUCCCGCCUAUCAUCUUUCCUCCCGCAGAUGAAGACCGCCAACGAGCAGCUCGAGCGCGACAUCGCCGCAGGUCGGGCCAAGGAUAUCCGUCUGGACGAUGCGAUGGAUGAGGGGGAGGACGCGGACGAUGACGAAGACGGCCAGGACGGGAAACGUUAUAUCGAGAUGAACCUCGGAUUGGGCGUGCUGGAAGAGAAACGGCCCGACGAUGAGAUCGCGAGCCCGGCGCACACACACACCGAGGAGAUGGUGCUGGCGGAGCGGCCCAAGGAUUCUGGGGUUUUGGAUACUCUCAUGGGUAAUACAGAUGCUACUGCGGCGGCGGCGUCGAAACCCACGAUUGAGGAGUUGGAAAGGUGAUUCAUCUGUCUUGUUGUGGAUAUUGACACAAACAAAAAAAAGUUGGGGUUAGGCUGGGUUUCUGGUGCAUGGCUGACGGCGUUUGGGAUUUGAGGUUAUGAUGUUUUGAUAUCUUUCGCGUUGUCUGUGGUUCUGGUUCUCGGGAAUAUAUGCAUGGUUUGGACAUUUCUAGAUACCUGCAGGAUCCCAUGUCAUCCUGCAGGAUACAGAUGUAGACUACUUUUGGAC